UAAACAAAUAAUGGCUGUCGUUGAGCAGAGUGAAGAAUACAAAAGGAAAUUUGUGACCGAAGUAAUUGAAUUCCUGAACGACGGUAUUAGCACAACUGUGCAGCUUGCAAGAGAUAUGCAAGCAGUUGACCUAAACAACAUGGAAAAUGACGCCUGGAAAAUUAGAAAAUCCAUUCUGGAGGCCAAAGAAAGUCUUUCACAGGCCGAAGAUUCUGCAAAGUGUCAACUCACAAAAGUUGAUGACAAAUGCCUAAGCCUUACUUGUGAUAAGAAUCAACUAGAAACUGAGGAAAAGGACAAAAAGGAUCAAUUAUUUGCAGUGCAGAAGAACCUGGAACAUUCUGAAGAGAUGCUAAGAGUUUCAAGAGAUAGUCUCGAUCAGGCAAACAAAAAUCUGUUAUCUGCCGAGGCAAAUGUUGAAAAUGCCAUGCAGCAAGCAAGAGAAGAGGAAACUAAAAGAAAUAUUGGCAUCGGAUUAUUGUUUAUACCAAUUAUUGGUCCUAUCAUUGGAGGAACAAUGAUUGGUGUUUGUCAGAAGGCCAUGGAAGAUGCCCAGUAUGCUGCCAGAGUCGCACAAGAAAAUGUAGACAGUUGGAGAACAAACGUCAAUACCAAUGAAAGAGAAAUCUGUGAUUUCACACAUGAAGUAAACACCCAGAGAAAUAAUAUUGAAUCAAUCAACAGACGCUUGCAGGAAAUUUCCACCAAAUUAGAGAAUCUGUCUCAAAUGCGGCAAGGGAUGGCUGAGAUUCAGAAGAAGUUGAAGGAUGCCACCUUCUUCUUGACCACACUGGCAGGAAAAAUGCAGGCAGCAGAGGUGCAAACCAGGAUCGUCAUUUUCUUUGAUCCAUUAAUUAACAUUAUAGAUGACAUCUCCCAGUAUCUGUUCAAGCAAAAGUACCUGGAGCUCUUCCAGAAUAAUGUUGAGCCAAUGAUCAAGCAUCUGAAAGAGGAGAACGCCCGCCUUAGGGAGAUCUCUGACUUUGUCAGUGAUUCUAUUCAGUUUUUUUAAGCAAGCAAACAUUAAUUAAAUGUUAAGCAUGUUGCAUUUUUUAAAUCUGUGUUGAAAGUGCAGCUAUAAAACAAAAUAAAUGUAUU